AUGAACGAAUUUCUAAAUAUUUUCUUUCAAAUUAUCCUUUAUAUUGGUAUCAUCGCAUUAAUUGCUUAUUUUAUAUAUCCUCUACAUGAUAAUAUUGAGAAUUAUUUCAAAAAUAAAGUUGUUUGGAUAACUGGUGCAUCGUCAGGUAUUGGUCGUGAAUUAGCAAAAGAAUUAGUUCGUCUUUCACCGUCUACUCGUCUUGUUUUAUCAGCAAGACGUGAAGAAGAAUUACGUUUACUUGCUGCUGAACUUCAACUUGAUGCAGAUCAUUGUCUUGUUUUACCACUUGAUCUUGAAACACAUGAGUGUGGUUUUCAAUCAAAAGUUGAUAUUGUUCUUGAUCGAUUCGAUCAUAUUGAUGUUUUAAUUAAUAAUGCUGGUGUGUCACAACGAAGUUUAAUCAAAGAAACAAAAUACAUAGUUGAUACACGACUAAUGAGUAUUAAUUUUUUGGGUACAGUUACAUUAAGUAAAGCUGUACUAUUGCAUUUUAUUCAACGUCAAAAAGGUCAUUUUGUUGUCGUUACAUCAGUAGCUGGUUAUGCUGCUACAGCAUUACGUUCGUCAUAUGCUGCUUCUAAACAUGCUUUACAUGCGUUUUUUGACUCUCUUCGAUUGGAACAUGCUAAAGAUCAUAUAGAUGUAACAAUAGCAUGCCCAGGUUUUGUUAAAACAGAUAUUUCAUUAAAUGCUUUCGAAGGUUCUGGACAAUUACAUAAAAAGAUGGAUCCAAAAACUGAAAAAGGAACAGAUCCAACUGUAUGUGCGUAUGAUAUACUUUGUGGUAUUGCUGCGAGGAAACAUGAAAUCUAUGUUGGUCAUUUAGCAGUUGUUGUGGUUUAUAUACGUCGUUUAUUUCCUCAAUUACUCUAUAGAAUAUUAUUACGUACUGAGUCAGCUUAA